AUGCCGAUUUCCUGUCGGCCACUACAAGCAUCAGCCCCGCCUCGUCUCCCGGAGGGCGCGGCCCAGGCACAUCGAGUGCAGGGGCACGCUGCAGAGCGACUACUGCGAAGCUUGCAGCAGCGGGGCUGCGAGGUCACUCCUGCAGAAGCCCAGAAGGUGCUGGCGUCUUACCAAAAAUCCCAGCAGUGGCAGCAUGCGCUGAAUGUCCUCCGAUUCCUGCAAAAUGCCGACGCCAUAAACUAUGGCGCAGCCCUCCACGCCUGUACCAAGAGCAGUAGCUGGAUGGCUGCAUCAACCCUCGUUGUGGGCAUGAAGCAGCUAACGAUGGAGGCGAACACGAUUCUGGCAAACACUUUGAUCGAUGGCCUUGCACGGCUGUCAUUCUGGGAGCAGCCAAUGGAGCAGCUGAUGGCUAUGCGACAUCAGAAUCUUCGCUACAAUCGUGCAAGCUUCGGGCCCGCCUUCUCAGCCUUCUCUUCAUCCUCUCCCUCCUCUUCCUCCUCUUCCCCUUCUUCCUCUUGGCAACACGUGCUGGCCAUGCUCGGGCUCGCCAGGCGCCUUCGCCUCCAGCCAGAUGUGGUCACCUCCGGUGCAGCUUUGCAUGCCUUGAAAAACUUGGCAUCCUGGAGAACUCCCCUGGACUUCCUCCACUGCAUGACAACCGCCGCCACGCUUCCCAACACGGUCUGCUUGACAUCUGCAGCAGGCUCAUGCCAGGACUGGCAGAAUGCUCUUGCGCUGUCUACUAGUAGAGGCCCUGGGCUUCACCAAGACGACGUUGGCCUAAGUUCCUUGGUGACGGCAUGCCACCAAUGCCACCACUGGCAAGCGGGACUUCAUUUACUCGGUCGUGGAAGGUGCAGGCCGCUCGGCGAGUGUGGCCUCUCACUCCGGAUGUCUGUUCAGGCAUUCUCCAAGCAACACUGGGAAACUUCACAGCAGCUGCUUCGCACGAUGCGGCGCCACUCGGUGCGCAAGGACAUCCUCACAUGUACAUCAUGCACUGCAUCUUGCCACACGGACGUCGCUAUGGCAUGGCCUCUGGCCAUGGAAGCAGUUCAAGCUGCCAGGAGUGAGGGGCUCUGGUCUACGCACAUGGGCUCCUGGUCUUCCAUCCUGCUGAUCUUCAGACAGCUGUGCGGUGAGGUGUGGACUCGCGCCCUCUCGUGUGUCGAGGCACUCAGUGGGGGAGAGUUGUCCACAGCAGCCCGUGCAAGCCUUGCCCUCGGCAUGGGCGAGCAGCAUUGCUCGGCAUGGGCACCUGCCUUGGCUCUUUGCGAUUCGGAGCUCGCAGAGCUCGCACCUGGCUCCUUGACCUUCAACGCGGCCCUGAUGGCGUGCCAGGCAGGCUGCAACUUUGAGCUUGGGCUGGGCCUUCUGGAACGGAUCACGCGCAUGUCCGCCCAGCCACACCUCCUCAGCACGGUCAGCACAAGCACCGUCAGUUUCAACAUCUUGCUGGGACUGUGCGCGCGGGAGCAGCUGUGGGAGGAAGCUUUGGGCCUCUUGGGCACAAUGGCAUCGCAGAAGGUGCCGCGCAAUGAAGCGACCUUCACCUCCGCCUUACAAGCUUGUGAAGCCUGUGAAGCGGAUCGGGGUCAAUGGAGUCAAUGGCAGAGAGCCCUGUCGUGGUUUCGGGACAUGAUGGAGAUUGAGCCAAUUGAGCCGACCACGAUCGGCUUCACGGCCCUGAUCACAACGUGUGGUAAUGCAGUUCAAUGGCUAGUAGGCGAUCCGGCCUCCUUUCCCGGGGACUUCGCAGGAUAUCGGCACAGCAUGUCGUGUGGCAUGUCUCUCAUUGGCUGUGAGAGAAAGUUUGAAAGUGAAGCGAGAUGCCACGCAGUGUGGUGCCUGGUCGGGGCAGGGGCAGUUAACUUCGCGGUCCUAAGGUCGGCAGAGUGCGAGAGGGCUCUGACGCUUGGCCACGUGCUGAAGGUCUACGACGCAACAAUUGCCAAGCACGGCAUCAGCUGUCAGGUGUUAUCGGUGGCUUUGGCUGUGCAUCUCAGAAUCUCUCACACGAUGAUGGCACAGGGCGGAUGCGAUGUCAAGAUCUGGCGGCCACAGGAGGCCACCGUCCAUCUCGCCGACUUGGCCAAGACUGCAGGUGUCCAAUCUACGGUCAACGCGCUAGAAAGGAUGCAUCGACAGCACCUGCAAGUGAAUGUGGUCCACUUCAAUGCCGCCAUGUCUGCGCGCAAAUCGCACAGGGGCCAGGAUGGCUGGGCGGCAGCAGUGCAAGUCAUUGACAGCAUGCAGUCCCUCGGCGUCCUGCCAAGCAUCGUCAGCUUCAACCAGCUCAUUCCUUGGCUUUCACAAGCACCUGAGUCUAUCGGCUGGCAGUGCUGGCAAAGUGCUCUUGAAGUGAUCGCGAAUGCCAGAGCAUCCAAGCUGCAGCCGACUACCUCGACCCACAACGCUGCCAUGUCUGCCUCUCGCAGAGCCUGGAAUUCAGCACUGGAGCUUCUCCGUGGACAGUUGUGCGACGGAUUGCAGCCAGACCAAGUCACCUUUGGUGCAGCCAUUGCCGCCUGUGAGGGGCAGUGGCAAUCAGCAUUGAUGUUGCAUGCAACCUGCCCGAUGUAUCGCUUGUCGCCUGACAUCGUCAGCUUCACGUCCUUGAUUCGCGCUUGUGGCAGCUGCCAGCAGUGGCAGAUGGCGAUGGCAGUAUGGGCUGAGAUGGCUCGUGUUGGGGGAGUGCCGAACGAAAUCACGUUUGGUGUGGCCGUCAGUGCUUGUGAGCAUGGCAGCCAGUGGUCCACUGCCUUGUGUCUGCUACAUGCUUUGACCGACCAGAGGCUCCUUGUGAAUGCAAUUGUCUGCAGUGCAGCCAUUAGUGCAUGUGAGAAAGCCGGCUGCUGGGAAGCCGCGCUUUUCUUGCUGUCUUCAAUGUCUUCCGUUCACGGCCUGAAGGUGGACAACCUCUGCUACAACCCCGUGAUUGCAGCUUGCGCAGCUUGCGCAGCUUGCGACACCGCCUGGGAGUUGGCUCUGGCGCUGCUGCACGGAAUGCCCUGCACCUCCCUUGUGCCGGACGAUUACACCCAGACCGCAGCCGCACCAGUUCUUGCGGCUAAAGGCUGGCGCGACUCCCUGACCUUGGCCGAGCGGUUUGGGCGCCCGUUUGGGGCCCUUUCUGGGUCUCCCUGGGAGCUGGCUUACGCAGGCAUGGCGGCCGCAGCGGCCCGCCGGCUCCAGGUCCGAGAGGCGCCCGCCCUGGCGGCGCUCCAGAGCCGCACGGGGUCUGCGGGGUCUGCGGGGUGGCGCCGGAUCCUGGACUUGGUGACGGCCUUGGUCUGCUCGCCUUCUUUACAGCUUGGGGUCGUCACAUUUACGGAAGGUGUGGCCGGCACUGCUGGGGCAUCCUCGGGCAAGUGGGAGCAGGCCCUGCAGCUUGCAGAGUGGUUGCUUCAAGAAGGAAUCGACGGAAUCGAGUCCUCGGUGAUCACGCAGAGCUCCGUCAUGGCUGCCGUCGGUGCAAACGGGGAGAAGUGGCGUAAGGCGCUGGCGAUUUUUCGGACUUGUCAGACCUCUCAGAGACUUCAGCCGGAUUCGGUGUCUUACUGCAUCCUCUCCAGCAGCUUUGGGGAAGCCGGCGAGUGGGGUAGAGCCUUGCUCUUGCACUACCGGGAGCGCACUCUGCAGACUCUGCAGUUGGCUAGUUUUCGGACAGUCAUCACAGCGUGCGAGAGGGGCUCUCAAUGGCAGUGUGGACUGGAAGUCUUAGAGUCUUUGCAGGCUGCCGGCUUCGGGGACAUCAACAGUUGCAGCGCAGCGAUCAGUGCCUGCGAGAACUGUGGAGAAUGGGAGGUUGCCUUGGAGCUUUUGAACGCCAUGCUCAGACAAGAGCUUCGACCAGAUAGCUUCAGUUGCAGUGCGGCAAUCAGCGCGUGUGCAUCCAGCGGCAAUUGGCAGGUGGCUUUGCAAUUGAUGGCAUGCAUGAGUGACUGGCAGGUCACUCUGAAUGGGAUAUGCCUGACUGCUGUUAUUAGCUCCUGCCGCGUUUCUGCCCAAUGGCAGCUGGCAUGCAAUCUGCUCCAGAGAGUCGUGCUGCACGCCUUUGAUUUUGACGAGAUUGCUUGCACAGCGAGCAUGGGUGCAUGUGGACAAGCCAGCCACUGGCAGCGUGCCAGUCAACUUCUGCCAUGGCUGAAGGGCUUCGGCCUUCACCAAUCUGAAUUCGCGUUUGGAGCUGCCAUUGGCGCUUGUGCCAAGGGUCAAGUGCACGCACAGACUUGA